CUCAAAAAGGCGUUAGAGACGAUAUCCAACAUCACUGUGACAGUUGUUGACUACAAUGGCAAAGUUCCAUUCCUUGAACAACUUGCUUCCACCCACAAUUCGGACGUCUUCAUUGGAAUGCAUGGCGCCGGCCUCACUCAUCUUCUGUUUCUCCCAGAUUGGGGGGCUAUUAUGGAGCUAUACAAUUGUGAUGACCGAAACUGUUACAAAGAUUUGGCUCGGCUCCGAGGCGUGAAAUAUUUCACCUGGGCUCCUGAAAAGGUUAUUCUUUUUCCAUUUGAUGUCAGUUUGCCUCGUAUAUUAGGUUAUAUUCGUACUACUUUUUUACAGCAUCACCUGAUCUAUCCUGAAAAUGAUGGCCUCCACCCACAAACGGGUAAUCCCCACAAGAAGUUCACGAACUACAGAUUCGACCCUGAUGAGUUCGUACGACAGGUGAAAAUGGUAAGUUCCGCUCUGCAUUUAGCACAUUUGAAGUACAUUCUCUGUGAACGAUCUCCCUAA